AAUGAAAUUGGAUGAAUCAACAUGUUCAACAACAACAAUAACUACUACUACAACUGCAAUUAGUACUACAAUAACCAAUGAUAGUUGUACAAUAACGCAUCAUCAUUCCGAUGAUGAGAAUUCCUGGAAUGAUAAUAUGAAUAAUUUGCAAGAAAUGAAUUCUCAUUUAACUUGGUUAUCACCAACAGAUAUAGACGAACAACGACAACGAAUUCAUUAUUCACCGGUAAAAAGUUUCUACAAGACGGUACCAUUGGAUGAAACUGGGGCAACAGAUACAGAAGUACCACGGAUAUCAGUGUCAGGAUGGCCUGCUGAAAAUAUGGGUUAUUCAACAGAUAUGCAUGUGCUCACCGAUUCCUUAAUUGUGAAUACGGAAGAGGAACCUGAAAUGGAUUCUAAUAAUGAUAUCAAGGAGAUACUGUCAAUGUUGAAUGAUGAUGAAAAUGGUAAUCCGAAAUGGGAAGGAUUUGAACAGCAAGGUACUCAAUGGCGUGAAUUUAAAUAUGGUAAAACUCGUUAUCAGUUAUCUUUCAAGCGUAACUGGCUUCUUAGCUAUAGUGACAAUAAUGAUAAGCAUUCUUGUGAUGCAUCCAGUGAAGAGAGCGAUGACCUACCGACGGAUCUGAAUCCAAUCACUGAAGUCAAAUCCACUACAACAUCAUCAGUUCUGGACACGAGACUAUCUUCGUUGAAAAGACGUCGCAAAGGGAGACUUAGCACAUCGGAUCGUUUUCCGUCCAUAGUGAAGAUAACUAAUGAUGUACUUGGACAACAGGAUAUGGAAAACAGUAUGUGUUCAGAGACGUGGUCUGAGAUACCUCACCUUGAUGGUGCUACUGCAUCAUUAGGUUCAAUUCGUUUACCAUCUGCUCAUUAUUUAGGAAAUGCAUUUCGUAGUAAGCAUCAGAUGCGACGUAAAUUACGUGCUCGACGUCUUCCACGUUCUAUGUCUGAUGGCGAGCAUCUCGGAAUAUGCAUGGAUGCAUCAAUUCAUUCAGCUCCGGGAGCAUCAAUAUCACACUGGAGUGGUAACAUAUGUCGUGAUAGUGAUACCACAGGACCAGAUCAGAGUGAUGUUCCACCAUAUGAAUGGGAUGAUUAUAAGCCACCAGCAAAAGCUGAAGAUGAAUGGGAUGAUGUGAGUGAUCGGGAAGAUAUAUCAGUAUUAACCAUUGAAGAUGAUUUUCAUAUGCAACUUGAUAGCUCUCAUUCUUCAUUUCCAUCACAUUUAUUUUUCUCAUCUAAUCAUUCAUCUCACAACUUUGAUGAAAAGAAAACGAUGAUACGAGAAAAAGCACCACGACCGGUUGCUACCGUUACCGGGAAAUGUAUACGGAAAGAUUCGGUUGCAAGUUUUAAUGAUAAAUUGGAAUUAAUCAAAGCGAGGACAAUACCGUUAACAACAUGCAAAUUAUUGAAUUCAUCGAAAUUACGACAUUUCUCAGAGUCUGAAUUGCAUAACAUUUUAUUGGGAAAUAGCGAUAACACAAAUAAUAGAACCGAAUGUAGUAUCGAAUCAUUUCCACUUUCAUCACUACCCAAACAAUCACCAUUGCCUACUAUUUUAUCAAAAAUUGAAAAAUUUGCAUCCUCACUCAAAUUGAUCCAUCAUGAUGACAAUGAGCCUGACUCAUCAUUCUCGACACUAUCAUCGAUCAGAUCGUUAGAUGACGUUGAUAUUCAUGAACGAUUGCUAGAAGAGCAAGAGGAAUUACAAACCCUGCUAAGUUCAGACUCAUUUUCUGGUGAUUUAUCAGGAUUACUGGGAGAAUUCGAACCAUUGUGUCGAGGAUACGAAGAAGCCCUGGAACGAGUGGAACAGUUAAUGGCACAAAUUGAAGCUAUCCGUGAUAAAUGGAAUGAUUGGUCAGAAACACAACGAAUUGUUCAAAUGAUGAUGCGAACUAUUGAAAGUCAUCUAUCUGAUCUUCGCAAAGGAACUGAUAACUCUGAACAAAUAUGUUCUGAAUUAGAAUUAUGUCAAGAACGAAUGAAUCGACUAGAAACAGCAUGUAAUUACCUGAGUUGUAAUUUAGCAUCACUUCAUAAUCGUCCCUCCACUCAACCACCGCCUAUCGAUUUUGCUUCUGAAUUAGCUCUAUAUUCGAAUGCAUUAAUACAACUAAAAACUAGAUUUGAAAAGGAAUUGGGUCAUGCAAAAAGUGUUGAUAAAUCAACAUUGGUACGUAGCAGAAAGCGAGCACAUUUGAAAGAUGAUGAAAAAAUGAUGAUGCGAUUGGAAAAGGACAAUUGCGCAAGCGCUAAUCAUAUCAAUUGGUCCAUUAAGGUGUUGUUUAUUAUUGCUGUAAUAGCAGCAUUUACAGCUUGGUUUGCUACAUCAUCUCUUGUACCUUGGCGAACAACUUUGGGACCACAUUUGGAUUACAUUGAUGGUCCACCACCUCUUUAA